AUGACCUCCCUCAACGGCUACCUGGUGCCUAUCAACACCUUGGUUCUCGGGGGCUUGGGUACCGAGGUUCUGGACCUCCGCGCGGAUGGCCAUCCCAAGCUAAUCCGGGUCUUGUACCGGCAGGACCGUUCGGUCAUCCCGCCCCGGCUCCGGCUCCUGGUGGUGCCCCACCCCGAGUGGCAAACGUGGUCCGUGCACAGUGCAGGCCAGGUUGACUGGCACACGGCAGACGCAGCUCCAGCACCUUUCACGCACCCCACCGCGACCUUGAAGGAAAUCUACGAGGGCGUUUUAAAGCAUUGGGGACGCGACGUCUCAGAGGCGACGCGCACGCAGAUUGAACUCCUUGCGCCCAACCACAUCCUCGAUUUACCUCUGGACGGAGACGCCGCUUUCUUCGACGAUUACAGCUGGAUCACGACUCCUUUCCGUUCCGCUCCGUACUCGAUCGAAAACGCCGGCGACAAGGACGACAGCAGCACCAGAAGCGACGGCAAGAUCGACCACGUGAACGAGGCCGACAGCGACAUUCAGGGCUUGCUUUGGGAGCAUACUUACAAGACGCCCUGUAUCGGUCCGGACGAGACCGUAGCUAGCGAGUCUGACGGCUGCGACGGCGACAUCACGAUGGCUCCUUCCGGCCCCAAGGCGCAGCAGAAUGCUGCCGCUACGAACAGCUCGACACCGGCGCCUGCCUCCGAGCCUGCCGCUCCGAAAGGACCGCACCCUGGCCACAUCCAGGUGGCUUGCCAGUACACCAGCGAGCAGAGAUUGAGGCGCAUGCUGCGAGACAACAAGAGUGAUCCAGCUAGGGAGGAUAACUACCGUCUCCAGGGAGUGCAGCUCAUAGAUAAUGUCCGAAGCAUGCUGCGCGUCCCCAUCAAGACCUUCGACACCGCCUGUGUCUACUAUCACUGGUUCAGACUCUCGUUCCGCGAUGCCGAGUACAACUACCAGGAUGCCGCCGUGGCUGCGCUCUUCCUUGCUUGCAAGGUGGAAGACACCAUCAAGAAGUCUAAGGAGAUCCUGUGUGCUGCGUACAACAUUAAGAAUCCCGACCACCCCACAACCCAGGACGACAAGAUGUUCGAACAGCCCUCCAAGAUCAUCAUCGGCCUGGAACGCCUGGUUCUUGAGACCGUUGGCUUCGACUUCCGCUGCCGCUACCCUCAGUCUGCCCUGUUCAAGGUCACGAAGAAGAUCAUGGGCACCAACUCGAAGAACCUCUUCUCCCUUGCGAUGGAUAUGAGUGUGGACCUGUACAGGACCUUCGCCCCGAUCAAGCAAACCAGUUACGCCAUGGCCUUGGGUUUGCUCGAGCUGUCCGCUCGGCUCCUCGGUGAAGGCGUGGACAAGAUCGAACAGAUCAACUACGCCGACUUCCACACAACUCGCCAGAACGUCGUCGAGACCGUACUCGACCUGCUUGACCUCUACACGCAGCACGGCAAGUCCACCAAGCUCGGCAACCGGUUCGACCUGAACAAGUUCAUCGAGGUCAAGAUCAUCAUUAACAAUGAGGUCGACAAUAACCCGCAUCUCGUUCGAUACGCCCACUGGUGCACCAACUGCGACGGCGGCGAGGACGAGAACCUGUCCAACGGUGUCUCGGUCCUCAAGAACAUUUCGUUCUUUGGUAGCAACAGUGCUAAGCGCAAUGGACGCAACCAGGACGGCACAAUGCGCUUCGUCUUCGAUCCAGAGCAGGCCCGCCAGGAGCGCAAGGAGGUAGAGUCUUACUUCCGCGACGAAUACGAGGAGUACGAGGUCGAGGUCGAGGUCCCCAUCGAGCCCGAGCGCCCCAACCACAACAACCCCCGUGACAAGCGCCACGACGGCGGCGGCGGCUGGGGCGGUUCGAAUCACCAUCGACGCAACCGCGGCAAGGGCCGUGGCUACUACUGA